CACCCAGCAGAGGGACUCAGACCAAAUAAUACAACGAAAUAUACAAAUUUAUAGAGCUGGGAGGGUGUUUUAGGUGUUAAAACAGUUAUUCUAUUACUGUUUUAUGAAACAAAACCUGAAAAUUUUCACCACCCAAAAACACAGAGCAGGGGAGAAAAAAAGAAAAAUAUCUCUCUGGGGAAAGACUGAAACUUUGGCUUAGAUGGGACUCCGCUGCUUCUUGCUUUGUUUUCUUGGGGAAAGGGGGAGGGUGAUAUUGUGAAAAAUCAAAGCCAGCAUUUUUCUCUCCGACCGGAGAGUCAAUAGUUGUUGCACUAGGAGAUGGCUGCAAGGGCAGGAGGUUCUUCCUCUGUGCGGUCUCUGCCUCCACCAUGUCCGAAAUCCCCGCCAGACUAUCCGGAUUUGUAUGGGAAGCGAAGGGAAGCGGCUAAGGUUCAGGUGCUCGAGAGAGAGAUCAGUUUUCUUGAGGAGGAGUUAAAAUCUGUUGAAGGCCUCCAACCUGCUUCCAGAUGCUGCAAAGAGGUUACAGAUUUUGUGAUGGCAAACUCAGACCCUCUAAUACCAACAAGCCGGAAGAAUCGAAAGUCAUGUCGCUUUUGGAAGUGGCUUUGUGGAAUGCCCUGCUUUAACUUGUCUUGGAUCUGCUGUUGUUGCUAUUCUGGGUGCUCUUGCCAUCUGAAAUGCCCACGUUGCAGUGACUGUAAUCUGUGUGACUGCAAUUUAUGCAACUGCAGCUCCUUUGACUGCAGCUCAUGCAUUUACAGCUCACGUAACAGCAGGUCCUGCAACUGCACCUCAUGUGACUGCAGUUCAUGCAACUGCUGCCCAUCUAAUUGCACCUCAUGUGACUGCAGUUCAUGCAACUGCUGCCCAUCUAGCUGCAGUUCAUGUAAAUGCGGUUCAUGUAAAUGCAGUUCAUGUAAAUGCAGCUCUUGUGCCUGUAGUUCAUGUAAAUGCUAUUCAUGUAACUGCAAUUCAUGUUUAAGCUGCUGCGCCAUGCCAAAGUGGCUGUGUUGCUCUUGUCCUAAAUCCAAUUGCUGCAGAAAGAUCUCAUGCAGCCGAAACUGUUGCAUUUGUCGAUUUCCUUCAUGCACAGAUUGCUGUUGUUGCACAUGGCGAUGCUCUCGCCCUAAAUGUCCGAAGGUACGCCUUUGCUGCAGUUGUACAAAAACCUGUUGUAACCCAUGCUGCCUAUUAUUCUAACAUAUUAAUGCAAUUCCUUAUGGAAUCCUCAAUCCUAAAAAUGUCAUUCAAUUUU